GAGGGAAGAGUGCCCAUUCAGUUCAGUUUCAGUCGGUUGUAAUGAAUGUUAGGAACCUGUAAAUCCUGUAUUCUAAAUUAUUGUAUUCGUAAACGGCAAAAGCCAAGAUAAAUUGCCCUCUGCAUGUGAUUAACCCACUGGCGGCCAUUGGCGACCACCGACGGACUACCAGAGAAACGAAGCAGGAACUCAAGAAGGGAUUCAGUGGAAUCAGUUGAAUCAGUUGAAACAAGGGAUCAUGAUGGGCCACCGUCUACCGUAUGUGGACAUGGACAUGGGCGAUCGCGGCGACGGCGUCCAGCUGAACGGAACCGAGAACAGACACAGGCGCUGGCUGGAGAGGCGCCACAGGAUGCGGGAUCGGUUGAGGGAGCGGGAGCAGGAGCGGAACCGGGAGCGGAACCGGGACAUGGAGUGGAGCCUGGAGAUCAUCAAGCCUCCGAACGAGCAGUCCGGACGUCUGGCAGCCGCGGCCAAGAAUGCCAUUCCGGCGGUACUUCGUCUUGUCAAGGAACUCCAGGUAAUGGAGACCGAUCCGCCGGAGAACACGUGGGCGCGUCCCAAGUCGAUGAGCAACCUGCUCCGGUGGCGGGCCAAGAUCCGCGGACCCGAGGGCAGUCCCUACGAGGGCGGGGUCUUCGAGCUGGCCCUGAGCUUCCCGGAGGCCUAUCCCUUCGAGGCGCCCAUCGUGCGCUUCAUCACGCCGCUCUACCACUGCAACGUGAACGGACUGGGCUACAUCUGCGUGGACAUCCUGGACGAGCAGCAGUGCUGGUCGCCGGGCCUCACGGUGGACAAGCUGCUGCUGUCGCUGUCGGCGCUCCUGUACGACGCCGAUCCGCUGACCGCCUACAACGCGGAGGCCGCCGGCCAGUUCCUGCAGGACCGCGAGCGGUACGACCGCAUCGCCCGCUCCUGGACCGAGCGGCAUGCCAUGGACGUGCCCUGGGAUUGAGUGGUGGUCGGCACUUCCGGCUUAAGUUCCGUAGUCCUUCGAUGGGUCGAGCGUGGUGCUGGCAUAGUUAUUUUGGACUUGGUUUCGAUUGUGAUGCAGAUUGAAUUUUGGAAUAAACACGAUGGUGUGUCCUCUGUA